AUGAAUAUCUUCAAUGACUAUCGAAUCGUACAAAAUCAGGCUCUUGCCAACGAGUUUACUAAGCGAAGCCUAGUAGCUCUCAAAAUUAAACUCGACGUUUCUUCAAAACAAAUUUAUACAGAACUUCCCCUUCAAUUUACUGACAACUGCUUUAUUGUUGUCAUUCUUAAUAGACUUAAUUCAUUCAUUAUUGUGAAGGAUUAUUCUGUUAUGGAUUAUGAAUUACUCCCAGGAAUGAAGCAUUAUCCGCCAAGGCGUUUAGUCACUGUUAGUGCAAUUGUAACAGUUAAAAAUAAGUUUACAUCAGUUAUGCAAUUGCUCAAUGCUGUUGCAAUCCAGAAAGAUUAUGACCUUAAAUAUACAAUUAGCAAUCACAUUAAAGUUGUAAAAGGCUAUGUUGGCCGUGAUGUCGAUUCCGAUGAAUACAAGGAGGAAAUAUUAGCAGUCCUACAUGACAAAGAUGAUCCGAAAAAAAUAACUUUAAGGAGUGUCUAUUAUUGUAGCUACAAUGAAGACCCGAGAAGAAGACUCACUAUAUGCAAAAAAUGUGAUUCCCAUAAUAUCCAUUAUAAGUACAUUGAAAAUUAUCAUCAAUUCAAUUUAGAGAACUGGCAUGAAUUUGUUCAUUAUCCAUUCGAAAAAAUGCUCCAAAUCUAG